CAACUAGAUUACUAGGCUUUCCACCGCAUAGAAAGAAAUCAUUGAGUUUCAGCUCUUUCUCCAAACAUUUCCUCCCUUUCCCAGACCCAGACAAGGGCACACACACAGACCGGCGACCGACCACGCUAUCUAGCCAAACAUUUAAGUGUGUGUGUGAGGAAGUGUGUGUGUUUUUCUUUUUCUUCUUUGAGUAGAAAGAAUGAAGUAAGGAAAAUAAGUUGGGUAUUUGCGCUCUGUGCUUUGUGUUUGAUAACCCAGGAUCCCUUUUAAAAUCAUUUCACUUGACGGUGAAACCUGGAAGUGGGAAGUUUAUAGCUGUGAAUAGUCACAGGACUUGGAAAAGAGCUUCUGGACAUCAGAAUGGUAUUAAAAACCCCACCUCUUCAAGGAAUACCUAGGAUAGGGUUUGCCAUGGGGUGUUGGUGGUGCUGGCUACUGGUAACCUUGCUAUGGGUUUCCACGAUAACAAACCCAUGCCUUGGCCAGAGUGGUGACAGUGGCGACUGGGGCUCUGGCUUCGAUGUCUCCAUGACGACCCUCAGCACCAACAACAACACGUCCUCCGCCCAGGAGCCAGGAGAUAACCCUGCGGGGUCAGAAACAGAGACAAGAGCAUCCUGGGUUGAAAUGCUUUCACCUAAGCCAGUGUUCCACUACAACACGGAGCCAGAUGAGUGCUCCGUCCACUUCAGCACCAGUCAGGCUUCCGCCAGGCGCCUCAAGGCCCAGAGAGAAGAGUUGGCCUACCUGAAGGCUAUACAGCAUGGGAACCAGGCGGUGGUGGAGAACCUAGUCCAGUACAUAGGAGCAGAGCUGGGGGAGGAGCAGAGCUAUGAGGACGUCAUCGAGGAAAACAUAGUGGGCAUCAGGGAGGAGCACCAGAGCUGUAACGGUGUAGUCCAGAAGGUGAUGGAGGAUCUGGAGGGACAGCUGGAAGGAGAUGUACUGGAGGCUCUGACUGGGAUACAGAAAAUCAAAGAGGAGUCCCUGGCGUUCGAGGGCCUCUUCCAGGCAGCAGCAGACAUCGCCAUGAGGCUGGAUACCUUGUCUCAGACCCUCCACGCCUCUUUCACCAAACAGCUCAAAGACUCUCUCAAAACUUUACGUCGCUAAGGAGAUUGUCUGGUCUCAGAACUGUUUGUGCGGUCUCUCCAGUUCCUAUGGUCUUUGCUGUGACUCUUUUGUAGCCUGGUCUCAGAUAUGUGUGUGCAAGAGAGCACAAACAGCUAUUGGACCAGGCAACUAAGGCCUAGAUUAAAUCAGAUCAAGUGUAAAGCGGCAAUAGCCGACACCCACAUAGCUGAUGUUUUGGCGGAGGUGUAACUGCGUAGGAGCUUGUCAAAAAUUCGUUGAGCAGCAGCUCAUGUGAUCAUUGUCAUGAAGUUCAGAAGAAGAAAGUAUAGGCCACAUAGAAAUAAUUACACUGAAACUAAAAAAAAAUCAUUCAAUUAAGUAAUGAAGAUUUGAUUAGCCUUAUCGAGGUGUAGAUUACAUCUCAAACUCCAGUGUUCGAAAUUUCUCUGAAUGCGACUCCUCUACAGCCAAUUGCAACGUCCACUUUAGGUAUAAAUCUGGGAGCCGCUUGUGGAUUUGACAGUUCUAAUGCAUUCCACCUCUGCCGCUGCCAAAACAACCGCUAUGCAGAUGUCUGCUAGCGCAGAUCUGAUGGAAUCUAGUCCUAAGGAGAACUCUCUACUCUUCGUCUCUCCCUCCUACUUCCUUCCUACUCUUCUUCCCUCCCUCCUAAUCUUUUUCUCUCCCUCCUACUUUUCUUUGCUCUCUCCUACUCUCCUUCCCUCCCUCCUACUCUUCUUUCCUCUCUCCUACUCUCCUUCCCUCCCUCCUACUCUUCUUUCCUCUCUCCUACUCUCCUUCCCUCCCUCCUACUCUCCUUCCAUCCCUCCUACUCUUCUUUCCUCUCUCCUACUCUUCUUCCCUCUCUCCUACUCUUCUUUGCUCUCUCCUACUCUCCUUCCCUCCCUCCUACUCUUCUUUCCUCUCUCCUACUCUCCUUCCCUCCCUCCUACUCUUCUUUCCUCUCUCCUACUCUCCUUCCCUCCCUCCUACUCUUCUUUCCUCUCUCCUACUCUCCUUCCCUCCCUCCUACUCUUCUUUCCUCCUUCAGGCUACUAAUACAACCUUCAGCAUCUGUGUCUCUCGUCAAAACCUAGAGGUGUGUAGUUUCUCUACAAAACAGAUGCUCUGACAGGAAUGUUAUUUCUGCUCAGUGUCACUUUAAGUGAACUGUGAGUGUGCUGACAGCUAUGGAAUAAAUGGUAGAGGAUUUAUGUUGAGAUUUUGGACCAGAGAUUUGUAAUGAACCGUCACUGUACUGUGCCGUAGCUGUUUAAUACAGUAGCACCCAUGUGUGACCAAACACUAUCAAAGACAAAAUGCCAAGUCAGUACUUUUUCUGUUUACAAAUAUUCCCAAAAACAUUAAGUUGUUCAUACUGAGCAGUUCAGCAUAUCAUUAUAUCACAUAGUAUGUCAUAUAUUUCAAACCAGAUUUUCCAUCCAGUAAAUUGCUAUUAUUACUGGAUUAAAAUAUAUAUGUCAGUCGGAAGUUUUGAAACCAAAUAUAUUUGGUUACGACCCAAACGGCAUUUUAUUCCCUGUUCAUGAGAGCCAGUUUCAUCAUAGCGCUUCAUGGUUUUUGUCACAGCACUUGAGGAAACUUUCAAAGUUCUUGACGUUUUCUGGAUUAACUGACCUUCAUGUCUAAAAUUAAUGGUGGUCUGUUGUUUCUCUUUGCUUAUUUAAGCUGUUCUUUCCAUAAUAGACCAAAGCCCUAUUCAGAAGGGCACUAUAUCAGGAAUAGGGUGGAAUUUGUGACACAAGCUCUAUUUCUGUCAUAGUAGUAGUAGUAGCAGUAGCUCUGGUUAGCCUUAGUAUUAUGGUACAUCUUUAUUGGUCUGUCUAGGUACCAGGGUAGUAUGGUCUGUCUGUAUUGGUCUGUCUACGUACCAGGGUAGUAUGGUCUGUCUGUAUUGGUCUGUCUAUGUACCAGGGUAGUAUGGUCUGUCUGUAUUGGUCUGUCUACGUACCAGGGUAGUAUGGUCUGUCUGUAUUGGUCUGUCUACGUACCAGGGUAGUAUGGUCUGUCUGUAUUGGUCUGUCUACGUACCAGGGUAGUAUGGUCUGUCUGUAUUGGUCUGUCUACGUACCAGGGUAGUAUGGUCUGUCUGUAUUGGUCUGUCUAGGUACCAGGGUAGUAUGGUCUGUCUGUAUUGGUCUGUCUACGUACCAGGGUAGUAUGGUCCGUCUGUAUUGGUCUGUCUACGUACCAGGGUAGUAUGGUCUGUCUGUAUUGGUCUGUCUACGUACCAGGGUAGUAUGGUCUGUCUGUAUUGGUCUGUCUAGGUACCAGGGUAGUAUGGUCUGUCUGUAUUGGUCUGUCUACGUACCAGGGUAGUAUGGUCUGUCUGUAUUGGUCUGUCUAGGUGCCAGAGUAGUAUGGUCUGUCUGUAUUGGUCUGUCUAGGUACCAGGUCUGUAUUGGUCUGUCUAGGUACCAGGUCUGUAUUGGUCUGUCUAGGUGCCAGAGUAGUAUGGUCUGUCUGUAUUGGUCUGUCUAGGUACCAGGUCUGUAUUGGUCUGUCUAGGUGCCAGAGUAGUAUGGUCUGUCUGUAUUGGUCUGUCUAGGUACCAGGUCUGUAUUGGUCUGUCUAGGUACCAGGUCUGUAUUGGUCUGUCUAGGUGCCAGAGUAGUAUGGUCUGUCUGUAUUGGUCUGUCUAGGUACCAGGUCUGUAUUGGUCUGUCUAGGUACCAGGUCUGUAUUGGUCUGUCUAGGUGCCAGAGUAGUAUGGUCUGUCUGUAUUGGUCUGGGUAAGGGUGGAGACCAGAACAAGUUCAGGGCAGAUGCUUGAAGGGAGGUUCCCCUGUCUUGUUCUAUGAAAGCAGAAGCCUGGAAUACACACUGAUCAUCAUUAUGAUUCUCUGUUGUUUAUCAGUGAAAAUACACAAAUGUAAUUAGAGUGAUAUUCAGCUCAAAUUCCAGGCUUGAAAACCAAAGGGUUUAUUUGCAAACAAAGGGAAUUGUAUACAAGUACAAUGAAGCUCGGUCUAGCUGGGUUAUAUUUGAGAGGGGGUAUGUUAUGCUGUGAGGGAAAUAUGUUUUUCAGAGACAUACUGUAUAUAUUGUAUGCAGUGAGUUGGUGAGCAAAGGGGCAGCUAGGCUGGGGUGAUUGUGACUUUGACCGCCAUUCCUUGUCAGAGUUGAAACGACAACCCCAUGCUGUCAAAUGGGUUGGAAACAUAGGGUACAUCCUAAAUGGCACCCUAUUCCCUAUAUAGUGCACUACUUUAUGGCACCCUAUUCCCUAUUUAGUGCACAACUUUAUGGCACCCUAUUCCCUAUAUAGUGCACUACUUUAUGGCACCCUAUUCCCUAUAUAGUGCACUACUUCAUGGCACCCUAUUCCCUAUAUAGUGCACUACUUCAUGGCACCCUAUUCCCUAUAUAGUGCACUACUUUAUGGCACCCUAUUCCCUAUAUAGUGCACUACUUCAUGGCACCCUAUUCCCUAUAUAGUGCACUACUUCAUGGCACCCUAUUCCCUAUAUAGUGCACUACUUUAUGGCACCCUAUUCCCUAUAUAGUGCACUACUUUGGACUAGGACACAAGUGUAGAGUGCUAUUUGGUAUGCAAUACACACAGGACUGAUCUGAAGUAUACAAAACCAAUUAGGCUUUAUAUAGAUGGGUUCCACUGGGGUAAUUCUGUGCAUGGCUACAGGGUGUAAUGCUGUGCAUGGCUACAGGGGGUAAUGCUGUGUAUGGUUACAUGGGGUAAUGCUGUGUAUGGUUACAGGGGUAAUGCUGUGUAUGGUUACAGGGGUAAUGCUGUGUAUGGUUACAUGGGGUAAUGCUGUGUAUGGUUACAUGGGGUAAUGCUGUGUAUGGUUACAUGGGGUAAUGCUGUGUAUGGUUACAUGGGGUAAUGCUGUGUAUGGUUACAUGGGGUAAUUCUGUGUAUGGCUACAGGGGGUAAUGCUGUGUAUGGUUACAUGGGGUAAUUCUGUGUAUGGCUACAGGGGGUAAUGCUGUGUAUGGUUACAUGGGGUAAUGCUGUGUAUGGUUACAUGGGGUAAUGCUGUGUAUGGUUACAUGGGGUAAUGCUAUGCAUGGUUACAGGGGGUAAUGCUGUGUAUGGUUGCAGGGGGUAAUGUUGUGUAUGGUUACAUGGGGGUAAUGCUGUGUAUGGUUACAUGGGGUAAUUCUGUGUAUGGCUACAGGGGGUAAUGAUGUGUAUGGUUACACGGGGUAAUGCCGUGUAUGGUUACAUGGGGUAAUGCUGUGCAUGGUUACAUGGGGUAAUGCUGUGUAUGGCUACAGGGGGUAAUGCCGUGUAUGGUUACAUGGGUAUUGUUGUGUAUGGUUAGAGGGGGUAAUGCUGUGUAUGGUUACAUGGGGUAAUGCUGUGUAUGGUUACAGGGCGUAUUGUUGUGUAUGGUUAUAGGAGGUAAUGCUGUGUAUGGUUAUAGGGGGUAAUGCUGUGUAUGGUUACAGGGCAUAUAGUUGUGUAUGGUUAUAGGGGGUAAUGCUGUGUAUGGUUAUAGGGGGUAAUGCUGUGUAUGGUUACAUGGGGUAAUGUUGUGUAUGGUUGCAGGGGGUCAUGUUGUGUAUGGUUACAGGGGGUCAUGGUGUGUAUGGUUACAGGGGGUAAUGCUGUGUAUGGUUACAGGGGUAAUGCUGUGUAUGGUUACAGGGGGUAAUGUUGUGUAUGGUUACAGGGGGUAAUGCUGUGUAUGGUUACAGGGGGUAAUGCUGUGUAUGGUUACAGGGGGUAAUGUUGUGUAUGGUUACAGGGGGUCGUGUUGUGUAUGGUUACAGGGGGUAAUGCUGUGUAUGGUUACAGGGGGUAAUGCUGUGUAUGGUUACAGGGGUAAUGUCGUGUAUGGUUACAGGGGGUAAUGUCGUGUAUGGUUACAGGGGUAAUGCUGUGUAUGGUUACAGGGGGUAAUGCUGUGUAUGGUUACAGGGGUAAUGUUGUGUAUGGUUACAGGGGUCAUGUUGUGUAUGGUUACAGGGGUAAUGCUGUGUAUGGUUACAUGGGGUAAUGCUGUGUAUGGUUACAGGGGUAAUGCUGUGUAUGGUUACAGGGGGUCAUGUUGUGUAUGGUUAAAGGGAAAAUGCUGUGUAUGGUUACAGGGGGUAAUGCUGUGUAUGGUUACAGGGGGUAAUGUUGUGUAUGGUUACAGGGGGUCGUGUUGUGUAUGGUUACAGGGGGUAAUGCUGUGUAUGAUUACAGGUGGUAAUGUUGUGUAUGGUCACAGGGGUAUUGUUGUGUGGUUACAGGGGGUAACGUUGUAAAGGAAACAUAGUACUACCACGAGAUGGUGGGGAGGCCAUGCUGGUUAUUGCGUGAGUUACUUUGACCCCGUCCCUUUAAGAGGUCAAACAACGACAUGAGAUAAUUCAUCUCCUAGUCCGGCUCAGUGGGAGUUUCAACUUCAGUCUACAUGAGUUUCUGUUCCGUCCCUAGUUCUCUUUCUGUUGUAGAAAGAUGUAUGUACUUGUUGUUGCAGUCUUUUAUGGGAGAUGCCAUCACCCUUUCUUUUUUUAGGAUGUUUUUAAUGUUGUAAUUAUUAUUAUUAUGAAACGAUAAAGACAAAAACAUGUUAUGUCAAAAUGUAGUAAAAUGUUUAACUAAAUGUAAUCGAAAAAAUGUAAUCUACGUAAUCCCCAAAAGUAAUUACUUAUCAUGAGAGGGCCAUAAAUAUUAACUGGUGAUGCUGCAUAUUUGUAGAAAGGUUAAAAUCUCACCUUUUUGGUAAAAAUCGUUAUAAAUUGCUGAGGUGUAGUCACGUUUGAGGACACAAGCUCAAGUAUACAGUACAAAUAUGAUACAUAUUUUGUAUUACGUCAUUCCUUUUCAACAAAACUAUAUGAAUAAGUCUUGAAAUUACUUAUAUGCUUUGUAAAUAUAUCAUAAUCAAAUUAUGAAACAACUAAGUAUAAGAUUUCACCUUCCUUAUAACUGUAAAAUACAUGUAUGUUUAGUGUUAGAGAAAAUGUGCACAUUUUCUAAAAGUCUUCUCAUUUGUUGAAAACAUCUGCCCCAUCACUGAGAACACUUUACAGAGCUCGAGUUUGGCUUCCUGAACUAGUCAGUUGUUUGUGACGUAGGGUUCAGCCGGGAGUUGAUGGACAGUCGGAAGAGCGAAUUAAAAUGUUGGGAGGGACAUCCCAGCGUCAAGUGGUUUCAGAUUUCACAUCCUACGUGACACAGGCUCAGACAACAUACUAUUGUGUCUGUGAGAACAAGGACUGUCGUUCACAGCAAGCCAUUUCCAUCUAAAUUGUCUACAGAUCGAUUUAUAAGCGAAAAUGUUGGUUAGAACCGGUCCCAGGACAAUACAGGUCCCCCAAAACAGGGGACUUUACAUCAGUAUAGGCCAUAUAUUUAUGUUACAGUUGUUUUAUUUAAUCCAGAUGAAAAUAAAUUUGUACCUAAAAUACGUUG